AAGUGGCCUACCGAAGUUGUCUAACCCGCCCCUCCCCGCCGAAGUUGCGCCUCCCAUUCAGCGACUUUCCGCUGUUUGUAAUUAUGUGUUGAUGCCGUCUAUCCCAUCUUCUGUCUGCUGAAGCAAAUUCAAACCAACUUUUUAUUUCUAGAGGUACUUUUAAAAUGGCUUACACGACCGCAGGCGGGACCAAGAAGAAGGUCUGCUACUACUACGACGGUGACAUAGGAAAUUAUUACUAUGGACAGGGGCACCCCAUGAAACCACAUCGUAUCCGGAUGACCCACAACUUACUUCUGAACUAUGGACUGUACAGGAAGAUGGAGGUCUAUAGGCCACACAAAGCCACUGCAGACGAGAUGACAAAAUAUCACAGUGAUGACUACAUCAAGUUCCUCCGAUCCAUACGACCAGACAACAUGUCAGAGUUCAGCAAACAGAUGCAGAGGUUCAAUGUUGGGGAGGACUGUCCAGUAUUCGAUGGCUUGUUUGAGUUCUGCCAACUGUCUGCUGGUGGUUCGGCUGCUGGCUCAGUGAAGCUGAACCGACAGCAGACAGACAUUGCAGUGAAUUGGGCAGGAGGACUCCAUCAUGCAAAGAAAUCGGAGGCCUCAGGGUUCUGUUACGUCAAUGACAUUGUGCUGGCCAUCCUGGAGCUGCUCAAGUACCACCAGAGGGUGCUGUACAUCGACAUAGACAUCCACCAUGGAGAUGGAGUGGAGGAGGCCUUCUACACAACAGACAGAGUUAUGACUGUGUCCUUCCAUAAAUAUGGGGAGUACUUCCCUGGAACUGGUGACCUUCGGGAUAUUGGAGCUGGAAAAGGCAAAUAUUACGCUGUCAACUUCCCACUGCGGGAUGGGAUAGAUGACGAGUCAUAUGAGCAAAUCUUCAAGCCUCUGGCACUCGAACUGCCAUACAAUGACUACUUUGAGUACUUCGGGCCUGACUUCAAGCUCCACAUCAGCCCCUCCAACAUGACCAACCAGAACUCACAGGAAUAUAUGGACAAAAUCAAGCAGCGGCUGUUUGAGAACCUGCGGAUGCUGCCUCAUGCUCCAGGGGUUCAGAUGCAAGCCAUCCCAGGGGAUGCUGUCCCAGACGACACAGUGGAUGAGGACACAGAGGAUCCUGACAAACGCUUGUCCAUCCGUGCUACAGAUAAGAGAAUAGCCUGUGACGAAGAGUUCUCAGACUCUGAAGAUGAAGGGGAGGGAGGCAGGAGGAACACAGCCAAUCACAAGAAAGGAGCCAAAAGGCCCAGAGUGGACGAGGACAAACAGGAAGGAGAGGAGAAGAAAGCUGAUAUAAAAGAAGAAGAGAAGACAAAAGACAGCAGUGCUGAGAAGACUGACUCAAAGAGUGUGAAAACUGAGCAGACCAGCAGUACCUAAAGUGUUCUUAUCCAAAGAUCUUAACUGGUGCUGUCGAGCCUCAAGGAUCCUGCACUUCCCCAAAACACCAUUAAGAAGCAUUAUAUUUAUUAUGACUCUUUGUUUUCUACUUGUAAAUUGUCUCUUUGUGUUGUGUGUCAGUGGUUAUCCUGAAUUCAGCCCUUGAAUUUUCCAGAUUUGGUGCUUAUUAAACGAUGUGAAUCCAAUGUGCUUAAUCUUCUGAAUCAGCUCUUUUGUCGUUAAACAAGAGUUUAAACCCUUACAUGAACCUGUAAUGAUUUUACAGCUGAAUUUUGAUAUUUUGUGCUUGUUAAUAAAAAAAAUUUUAUACUGUU